CUACCUUAUGACCUCACAGAGGCCUAGCCUACCCUCUACUUUUCCUGGGGCUGAGUGACUGCUUGGACCAGCGUUGUACUUCAACUUUUCCCCUGGGAAAUACCUUAGGAGGAGGGAUUUACCAUCCAGCUGCCUGCUUUCUGGUUCACAGAUAGGAAGAUUAAGGCCCAGAGUUGGCAAAGGGGAACCAGAACUCAGAACUGAUGGCCCAAAUAAUUAAGAGAAGUCCCGCCCACCAAGGCCAUGGAGGCGGAGGCUGCUGAGGACAGGUCCCCAGCCCCUGGCUACAAGCGCUCUGGCCGCCGUUACAAGUGCCUGUCCUGUACGAAGACGUUCCCAAAUGCACCCAGGGCAGCACGCCAUGCUGCCACACACGGGCCUGCAGACUGUGCAGACGAGGCUGAGGUGAAGCCAAAGCCAGAGACAGAAUCUAAGGCGGAGGAAGCCAGUGGGGACAAGGUAUCAGGUUCAGCUGCUAAGCCUCGGCCCUACGCAUGUCCGCUGUGCCCCAAGGCCUACAAGACCGCCCCAGAGCUACGCAGCCACGGGCGCAGCCACACAGGCGAAAAGCCUUUCCCAUGCCCCGAAUGCGGACGGCGCUUCAUGCAGCCCGUGUGCCUGCGCGUGCACUUGGCCUCGCAUGCUGGCGAACUGCCCUUUCGCUGUGCACACUGCCCCAAGGCCUACGGCGCACUCUCCAAGCUCAAGAUCCACCAGCGCGGUCACACAGGCGAGCGGCCCUACGCCUGCGCAGACUGCGGGAAGAGCUUCGCGGACCCGUCGGUUUUCCGCAAGCACCGGCGCACGCACGCAGGCCUGCGGCCCUACGGCUGCGAGCGCUGCGGCAAAGCCUACGCCGAGCUCAAGGACCUGCGCAACCAUGAGCGGUCCCACACAGGCGAGCGUCCCUUCCUCUGCUCCGAGUGCGGGAAGAGCUUCUCCCGCUCGUCCUCUCUUACGUGCCACCAGCGCAUCCAUGCGGCGCAGAAGCCCUAUCGCUGCCCGGCCUGUGGCAAGGGCUUCACGCAGCUCAGCUCCUACCAGAGCCACGAACGCACACACUCCGGCGAGAAGCCUUUCCUGUGCCCGCGAUGCGGCCGCAUGUUCUCUGACCCCUCGAGCUUCCGGCGCCACCAGCGGGCGCACGAGGGCGUGAAGCCUUACCGCUGCGAGAAGUGCGGCAAGGACUUCCGACAGCCGGCCGACCUGGCUAUGCACCGGCGGGUGCACACGGGCGACCGUCCGUUCAAGUGCCUGCAGUGCGACAAGACAUUUGUGGCUUCUUGGGACCUCAAGCGGCACGCGUUGGUGCACUCCGGCCAGCGGCCCUUCCGCUGUGAGGAGUGUGGACGAGCUUUCGCUGAGCGGGCCAGUCUCACUAAGCACAGCCGGGUACACUCGGGUGAGCGUCCCUUUCACUGUAACGCCUGUGGGAAAUCCUUUGUGGUAUCAUCCAGCUUGCGGAAGCAUGAGCGAACCCAUCGGAGCAGCGAGGCCACAGGGGCUCCCGCACAGCCGGAGCUGGUGGUAGGGCUGGCACUGCCCGUGGGCGUGGCUGGCGAGAGCUCAGCUACUCCGCCAGCAGGUACAGGGCUAGUAGACCCCCCAGCAGGGCUGCUGGGGCUGCCCCCAGAAUCGGGGGGUGUGAUGGCUACACAGUGGCAAGUGGUGGGCAUGACGGUGGAGCACGUGGAGUGCCAGGAUGCAGGUGGGGAGGCUCCUGGUCCCUUGGGAGGAGCUGGUGAAGAGGGAAGCGAAGAGGUUGAUGAGAAGCCACCACAGUUCGUGUGCCGUGAGUGCAAGGAGACCUUCUCCACACUGACCUUGCUGCGUCGGCAUGAGCGCUCCCACCCUGAGCUCCGGCCCUUUCCCUGCACCCAGUGCGGCAAGAGCUUCUCAGAUCGGGCUGGGCUGCGGAAACACAGCCGCACCCACAGUUCUGUGCGCCCCUACACCUGCCCCCACUGUCCCAAGGCAUUCUUGAGUGCUAGCGACCUCCGCAAGCAUGAACGCACCCACCCCAUGCCAGUUGGGACCUCCACGCCCCUGGAGCCCCUUGUAGCUUUGCUUGGAAUGCCUGAAGAGGGGCCGGCCUGAAGCUAUUGCCUCCUCCACUAUACUCCCAGGAACCCAGCCUUCACAGGGUUGAGUCCAGAACCUCUUUUGCCUAACUCACCUUUUUUUUUUUUUUUUUUUUUA